AGAGUUCGAUUGUUAGCCGUAUAAUUAGUCGAUUUGUAGACGCUAGACUGUGCGUUAGUGCCAAUCUCAAGUUCGAAGUUUUACGUCUAUGAAAACAGAAAUUAUUUCAGCACUAUGAAAUUUCUCAUUCUCCUCUUCGUCACCUUUGCCGUGGCAGCAGAAGACGAGCUAUCAAAAUGCAAAUGUCAGAAGGGGUACUACCCGCAAAAGGACGAAUCAGGAGUGGUGAGCUGCUACGGAAGCAUCCUGAAAACCAACGAGAAAAGCAUCCUGCCCUGCAAUGUCCUAGUAAAGCCUUCGUGUAUCUGCAAGGACGACGCAACUAGUAUCGUACAGGAUGAGUCAGGGACUUGGUGCAGUAAGGUAUCUGAAGGCAAAGAGGACAAGAGGUGGCCUUGCGAGAAUAAGGAGGAUUGGGCAGCUUUUUACUCGGCGCAUCCGGAGGAGAAGCCAUAAUUUUUUAAUUGACAGUUAUUAGUGGUAGCAAUAAUGUGCCUUUCUUUAAAUAUAGUUACUUUCAAUAAAACUUUUAAACUAUC